UUCAUUAGUUUGUUGUUUCUUAAUUUUGUUAAAAUUUAUGAUUUGCUGUCCUGAAAUUUCAAUUUUUUUUGUAGAUAUUAAUUAUAUGAAGUGUCAGGCAUUUUCAAACAAUCUAACAAUGGCAAUUUCAUCUUUUGCACAGGAACAAAAGCAACCGAGAAAAUGCAAAAAAGCAAGGGUGCAUCCAAGAAAAUGCAAGAAUAGGCUGAGGGAUUCAUCAGAUGAUGACGAUGAUGAUGAUGAUGAGUGGACUCCUACAAAGACCCUCCAACCUUAUGCAGUGCCGGAACAAAAGCAACCGAGAAAUUGCAAGAAAGCAAGGGUGCAUCCAAGAAAAUGCAAGAAAAGGCCGAGGGAUUCAUCAGAUGAUGACGACGAUGAUGAUGAUGAUGAGUGGACUCCGACAAAGACCCUCCAACCUUAUGCAGUGCCGGAACAAAAGCAACCAAGAAAAUGCAAGAAUAGGCUGAGGGAUUCAUCAGAUGAUGACGAUGAUGAUGAUGAUGAGUGGACUCCGACAAAGACCCUCCAACCUUAUGCAGUGCCGGAACAAAAGCAACCGAGAAAAUGCAAGAAAGCAAGGGUGCAUCCAAGAAAAUGCAAGAAUAGGCUCAGGGAUUCAUCAGAUGAUGACGAUGAUGAUGAUGAGUGGACUCCGGCAAAGACCCUCCAACCUUAUGCAGUGCCGGAACAAAAGCAACCGAGAAAUUGCAAGAAAGCAAGGGUGCAUCCAAGAAAGUGCAAGAAAAGGCUGAGGGAUUCAUCAGAUGAUGACGAUGAUGAUGAUGAGUGGGCUCCGACAAAGACCCUCCAACCUUAUGCAGUGCCGGAACAAAAGCAACCAAGAAAAUGCAAGAAAGCAAGGGUGCAUCCUAGAAAAUGCAAGAAAAGAAAGCAAGUGUCAGAUGAUGAAUACUCUCAACCCAUGAGUUUCGUAGGUGGUAAAAGAGCUGGUAAGGUCCUGCGAUCGAGCGAAAGGGUAAGGAAUGGGGAUGAGGCACAAAGUUCUGGGAAUCAACGAACAAUCAUCUCUUGGCUGAUAGACAACAAUGUGGUGCAUUCAGAAUCCAAGGUAUUCUGUUACAGUAGAAAUAAUGUGGUGAAAAAUGGGAGGCUAUUGCAUUGUGGAAGAAUAGCUUGUGAUUGUUGUGGUUCGGUUUUCUCCAUCGCUAAAUUUGAGGCUCAUGCUGAUUGUACAAAGCACAGACCAUCUGCCAGUAUCUUCUUGGAAGAUGGAAGGUCACUGUUAGAUUGCAAAAGAGAAGCACUGAGUUCGCAACAAAAAAAGAAUGAUGUUCUGAUGCAGAGCGAAAGUGGUUAUGAAGACAGGAACAACAACAUUUGUUCCAUUUGUAGUUAUGGGGGUAAUCUAAUGCUAUGUGACCGAUGUCCAUCCUCAUUCCACCUUAGUUGUCUUGGUCUUGAGAAAGUUCCUGAUGGUGAUUGGUUCUGCCCCCCAUGCUGCUGCAAAAUCUGCAACCGACCUUCAUGUAGAGAAGAUUGUGCAGAUAAUUAUCCGGAUAACUGUUUUCUCUUCUGUUAUCAAUGCGAGAGCAAAUUUCACCUUGGAUGCGCAAAUAAUAAUAGCUUUUGCAGUGUUGAUUGUGGGGAUAUAUUUUCCAGUCUACAGAAAAUGAUAGGAAAACCAAUUCCAGUGGGUGAGGAUAACCUAACUUGGACAUUGUUGAAGACCGUGAAAAGUGAUAACUGUUGCGAAGAUCUUGAGAGCUUAAGUCAAAUUGAAAGCAAGCUGAGUAUGGCUCUUAGUGUAUUCCACGAGUGUUUUGAUCCAAUUAUUGAUGCUCUCACCGGAAGAAAUAUUAUAUCAGAUGUUAUUUUUAGUAGAAGUUCAGAACAUAAGCGUUUGAACUUUCGUGGGUUCUACACUGUGAUUAUGGAGAGUAAUGAUCAUGUGGUUUCUGCUGCAACCAUAAGGAUUUAUGGUCAAAAGGUUGCAGAGAUACCUUUUGUGGCCACUAGGAAGCAGUUUCGAAGACAAGGAAUGUGUAGCAUCUUGAUGAAUGAGCUUGAGAAGCAAUUGUGUCACUUAGGAAUUGAGAGGAUGGUUUUGCCUUCCACUGAUAGUGCGAUAGAGACUUGGACAAACUCAUUUGGCUUUGCAAGGAUGACAGAUUCUGACAAGUCUCAAUUGCUUGAUUAUGCUUUUCUAGACUUCCAUGACACCACUAUGUGCCACAAACCAUUGAUGAAAACUUCAAUGUAACAUUUUGAUAGGAUGUAAAGAAAUCACAAUAUAUGCAGUUUAAUCUUAAUUAGAUUGCUUCAUAUUUUUCUUUCAUUUGUAUGAGAGUUGUAGCUAGAUAUCUCAACUCUGUUUUAUCUCUCCAUGCUGCGAUACUGACUUGAA